AUGGCCUGUGAUGGGUCAGUAUGGCCUGUGAUGGGUCAGUAUGGCCUGUGGCUGAAAGAAACAUGUGACUGGGCGUGCCUGUUUAUUGUUUGGAACCCGGCAGUGAUGAGGGGCUGUGUAAACAAUAUAGAGACGCGACCGAGACGCAUCCACCGGGCAUCCGCAUGGGGUUCCUUGUAUGGGAAACGAAUGGGAAACGGGAUUGCCCAUUGCACAUGCGCGUAUUUCUACAUCACGUUGCUAAGAGACCCCAUGUCAAGAUACCUGAGCGAGUGGCGGCAUCAGAGACUUGGCCAACACUGUAAAGACGCCAAACUGCAAUGUGACGGGAAAAGGGUCGAGCUCUUUGACAUCCGCCCGUGCUUCUACGACACCUGGCAUGGCGUAUCGCUUGACGAGUUCAUGGAAUGCAGGGACAAUCUGGCAGUGAAUCGACAGACGCGCAUGAUUGCAGAUGUGACGAAGAGCAAGUGCUACUAUAGGAGGGGCAUCACUCCAGAGAAAAGGACAGAGGCUCAGUUGGAGAGUGCAAAACAGAAUCUACAACAAAUGCCGUUCUUUGGACUCACAGAGCGACAGACUGAGACACAACAUAUGUUUGAGAAAACGUUUGGUCGGAAGUUCAAAACGAGCUUCACAUAUUUGAAUGAUGCUGAAGAAGAGGAUAUGAUCUCGGAGGACGAAUUUGUGCACUUGAUGCAGCACAUUGAGCUGGACAUGCAACUGUAUCUGUACGCGGCGGAACUCUUUAAGGAAAAAUUGAGGACUGUGAUUUAA